GCCGCAGGCCACGUUUUCUCCCCCGGGUGAAGUUUCGCUCUGCGGGCGGAGUUUCUGGGCUGCAGUUUGGCGUUCGCAGUGGGGUGGUUCUGUCCGCUUCCCUCUCAGUGGUCUCGUCUCCACUGCAUUCUACCCACCUCCCCAGACCUCCAGGUCGGCUCUGUUCCCGGCCGGGCUCUAGGGUAUGGCUCCCCGCGGGAGGAAGCGGAAGGCCGAGGCUGCCGUGGUCGCCACGGCCGAGAAGCAGGAGAAGCUGGCGAACGGCGCGGAGGGAGUGGAGGCGGCGACCGUCAUUAUCGAGCAUUGCACGAGCUGACGCGUCUAUGGGCGCAACGCUGUGGCCCUGAGCCAGGCGCUGCGUCUGGAGGCCCCGGAGCUUCCAGUGAAGGUGAACCCCGCCAAGCCCCGCAGGGGCAGCUUCGAAGUGACGCUGCUGCGCCCAGACGGCAGCAGUGCGGAGCUCUGGACUGGGAUUAAGAAGGGACCCCCACGCAAACUCAAAUUCCCUGAGCCUCAAGAGGUGGUGGAAGAGUUGAAGAAGUACCUUUCGUAGGGAGGUUUGGGCAGAAGCCCUUAUGCUGAGCUUUCUGUCCCUGGUGAUGAUGGAGCAUUUAUGAUGGGACAUGGCCAAACUUCAGUCAUGUGCCUGAUGCCAUGGUUUCUUCUCCUCCAGAAAUGAUGGUUCAGUUGUGAGGCAACCCUCUAGCUCUACUAAGGCAUUGCAAAAGUUAUGGGAUUUGGUUUGUUCAAUAAAAGUUGAAAUAAAGCAUUUGAAUAA